GAGAGAGAGAGAGAGUGUGUGUAUGAGUGUGUGUGUGUGUGAUGCUGAGGGUUUGUAUUAAAGCAGAGAUGGACAGAGGGUGCGGGAUGCGCGCGCGGCAGGCUGCUGAUAUCAGUAUUAAUGCUAUGAUGAUGAUGAUGAUGAUGAUGAUGAUGAAGAUUGCUGCUGUUGCAUGAGCUCCAUCGCGGCGUCAGCAUGAGCACCGAGCCUGCGUCCUGAAGGCACCGUUUCAGCGCGCGAGCAUCCGGUUAUCCGGUGAUGUCAAAGCCUGGGCUGUGGAUGUUCAGACGUCACUCCCUGCUGAUAGAGCGGCUGUGAGGAGCGCACAGGGCGCAGAGAGCGACGCGGCUAGCAGUGCGCCAUAAUCCCAUGGAGCGGGGAGAAAUGGAGCACGAGAGGCUCUGAGGAGCAAAUCCUGGGCUCUUCAUCAUCACUGAAUCAUUUUCUGGACCUGCUCAGGUCUCCACCUGUGUGAGGUCACGGAGAGCCGGCACGCGCGCACCGCAUGAAUCACGCGCACUGACAGGUAGAGCUGACACCCGCAAGCCCUGUGUACUGUGCAUUGUGCAUUGUGGGUUUUUUUUUUUUUUUUUUUUUUUUUUGUGUGGUUUUCCUGUUGAGAGAGAGAGAGAUUUGCGCAGAAACCCCGCAGAGAUGCUUCCCGCAUCAGAAGCCGCUAAAAUCUACCAGACGAACUACGUGCGGAACUCGCGCGCCAUCGGCGUGCUGUGGGCCAUCUUCACCGUGCUGUUCGCCAUCGUCAACGUGGUGUGCUUCAUCCAGCCCUACUGGAUCGGCGACGGCGCGGAGACCCCGCAGGUCGGCUACUUCGGCCUCUUCCACUACUGCAUCGGUAACGGCGUGGCGCGCGAGCUGGACUGCUACGGCACCUUCUCCGACUUCAGCUCCAUCCCGUCAGGAGCCUUCAAGGCCGCGUCCUUCUUCGUGGCCACCUCCAUGGUGCUGGUGCUCGCCUGCAUCGGCUGCUUCGCGCUCUUCUUCUUCUGCAGCACCGCCACCGUCUUCAAGAUCUGCGGCUGGAUGCAGCUCGCGGCAGGUACAUGCCUGGUCCUCGGCUGUCUCAUCUACCCUGACGGCUGGGAUGCGGAGCAGGUGAAGCGGAUGUGCGGAGAGCAGACGGAUAAGUACACGAUCGGAGAGUGCUCGGUGCGCUGGGCCUACAUCCUGGCCAUCAUGGGCAUCAUGGACGCCCUCAUCCUCUCCUUCCUCGCCUUCGUGCUGGGAAACCGGCAGGACGGCCUCAUGGGAGAGGAGCUGCUGGGAGACAAAAGUGGAAAUGCAUAGACGGCCAAGCUGGAGGAGGGUGAUUUGAUCAGUUAGAAAGAAAAGAAGUAAAGUUACGUGAUCCAGUCACCAUCCAGCUUUUUACCCAGCAUCCUCCGGGGCUGAGGCCUGUGUGUGUUUAGAGGGAAAUAAAGAAAGACGUCCAGAUUGUUGAAGAAGAAAAGACUUUACACGGCUGUGAGGACUGGACCAGGCAGCUACACACACACACACACACACACACACACACACACACACACACACACACACACACACUACCAUUUAGUGUGUUAGGAUCGGUGUCAGCAUUUCACUAUCUGUUUGUCUUUAUAUAUACACACACACUCACACACACACACACACACACACACACACACACACACACACCUGCUAUAAACGUGUCUGUGUUUUGGAGUUUGUUCGUUAUUUUAGUGUUAGUCGACCGGACUGAACUCUCAAGGCGAACCUGAAGAGACUGUUACCAUGACGACGGAUAACAUCGGAGCAGAACGGGGAGCCACGGCGACCUCAGUUUCCAGAGGUGCCAAAAAAAAAACCCAACAAAAAACACACGUUUAUUUAAAGCUAUUCUGUAGAUAGAUGGUGAUGAAUGCUACGUGUCAGUGCUGUGUUGUUUACUUCCAUGUUAAAGCGUUAGACAAAAAAAAAUCCCAGAAUUUCACUUUCUUUUAGCGUAAUUUGAGAAAUGAUUAAUUUUUAUACAUUUUCCACCCAAUCUGAAGAAAAUAUCAGAUUUUAUUUUGCUCUCAAUGUCAUUGUGUCUCCAUUAUCCAUGUACAACACUACACAGCUACGUGCUAGCUAGCUAAUCUCUAACCCCGAGUCUUUAGCUAGCUUACACUCGGCCUCCAUAUUUCCCAGUUGCCUAGCAACAGAGUUCACCAAUGAACCCUAUAUUACACUAUACUAGCUCAAGAGGAGGGAAUAAGGAGCAGGGAGAGAUGCGGAAAACACACACACACACACACACACACACACACACACACUUUUAUUACAUCGUGUGUUUAACAGAAAUGAAGUUCUUUAAGAACAACGAGGAUUCAUGAAGAAAUAUUCCAAGUGUGUAGAGAGUCUUUUGGGAAAAUCUUUUAUUAUUUAAUAUGAUUUGUAUUAUUAUAUUACUUUCUAAAUGAAUUUUUAUUCUUUUUCAUGUCAUCCUUUAUUUUAUUUUAGAAUUAAUUCUAUCUGAUUUUGUGUGUUUGUUUUAGAAUUAUUUUAAUUCUGUUAUGUUGUAUAUGUUUAACAUUUUUUUUCUAGAUAAUAUUAUUAUAUUUUGUUCUUGUUUUGACAUUUAAAAAAAAAUAAUUUUAUUCUAUUAAAUUUUUAUUUAAUUAUUUAUUGUAAAAUUUUCAUUCUAUUUUAUUUUCACCUGUGUUAUAUGUUUUAUGACAUUUUCUAAUUAAUUUUUUAAAAAUAAUUAUUUUCUUUUGUUCGCCUUCAAAAAUCAUUUUUAUUAUUAAAGGGUUUUCCGAAGUAGUUAAUAGCAAUAAAAAAAAACAAAACUGGACACUCAACUCUAAAUCCUGUCUCUCCUUUAAAAAAAAAAAAAUCAUAUAAUGUUUUGGAUAUUUUUUGUUUUGGCCAUAAAAAAUUGUAGAUAAAUCUCAGCAUGUCCAAUUAAUUUCGACUAAUUUUUUAAAACUUGAAAAAGGCCCAGUGAACGCUCGUAAUCCCGUCAGCGACCAUGUCAGACCUCAUGACUUCCUGUUUUUGGACAGUGUUAUAGCAUGGAGCUGUGUGUGUGUGUGUGUGUGUGUGUGAUGUUAACGUAAUAACCUGUUACACCAAGUACCGUGAUGUUUAACACGUGAUCACUGCAUUCGAGUGAGUUUACACUCCGCUAGCUAACUUAACACGACCUCACACAUGAUGUACAUAGCUUGCUUAGCUAGCUAGCUAUAUUAUUUGUUGUUGUUUUUUUUUUUAAAUAAAAAAGUAGCUUGAUUCUGUUCACCACCAGGAAAUUAGCUGUUGCUAGUCGGAGGUCGGUUCUCUCUCAGACUAGCUAAUGAACUAGCGAGUGACCGAGUGAGUGUACAUGACAGUUAAAAUGUUCCCCAAUACGACGGAUACGUCGUAACUUCAGUAUUAGAAUUUUGGACACUUGGAAGCAGCUUGAAUUUAUUUAAGUACCUAUGGAUUUGGUUCUUGUAUUCACGGCUGUGUUUUAAUUCUUGAGACUCAAAUCACUGCUGUACUAGAGAAAUACGAAACAAGGAACAAAUGCAGUGUGGCAUAAAGAGCCAGAAAAAAAGGGGCGGGGCUUGUAACAGGUAACAGAACCAUAACCAACAUGGCUGCCGGAUAAGCUACUAGCUAUGUACACACUAACAAUCUCUGCUACUUCCUUCCAAGUGUUAUUUUUCUUUGUAAUGUCUCUAUACACAUUUAAUGAGAAGUUGUAUAUGAAACGUACACAUAUGAAGUAUAUUCAAACCACGUUUAGACAUUUUUCUUCCAUUUUUGCGUCAAACAGUAUACUAACUGCAGGUAAGAACAAAAGUUUCGAGUAAAGAACUGAAGAAAAGUCAGAGCACAUGCGAUCGGUCCGAGGAAUCUUUCGAGCCAAUCGUUUGGAUUUGUCACUUUACUGUGUCGUACGUCAUUUGCGUAGAAAUGAGAAAAAAUCUGGAAUCAUGGCUCAGUGUCGCACACAUACAAACACGUAUGUAGAAAAUGAACGAUGGCUUGUCGCUUUAUCGCUCGCUAGCGUGAACAUAGGAUUAGUGCUUAAAUAGAACAAACUUAAAAGUCUGUUCUACAUUAGUACGUAUGAACGCUUUUACAUAUGAUAUCAUUGUGUGUGAUUUGGGACUGUGCUAAUGUUUGCUAGCUAAUCUGUUACCUAACAUUAACGCUAGCUCUUCAGCUAGCUAUGGAAGGAAGCUAGCUAGCAUGAGGUAAAUGAUUAAUCAUUCUGGUUUGCUAUUGGCCGAUCGAGACACAGCUUUCACACAUGGUGUGUUACUAGGAGAGUAUUAUGAAAGAAAUUUAUGUAGGUAUUUAUGUUGUAUAUAUUUUGUCUAACGCGUUUGUUAAUUUAAGGUUCCGCAGGGUCUGACUGCAGAUCACACACUACAUUCUGUUAGCCAGCUAGCAAACAUAAGCUAACUGAACAGUAUGUUUGAGUCAUGGUCAUAACCUUUACUGAUAACGCUAACUAGCCAGCUAGCGUAAACAUUACCUUUUUUUUUUUUUUAUUUGAGUACGCGGAUGUUAGAGUGGGUGUGUCUUUGAGUUCAUAUACAGGCUCGAAGACACGCCCACUGGUCGUCAAUCUGCAGAUACACCCUUGUAAUUUUUUUUUCUCCUGAAUUUCCUGUCUUUUAUUUUAUUUGAAGUGUAAAUGUAACAUUGUUAUGUACAAAAAAAAAGACAAAUGUAACAUCAUGAAAGAGGAAGUUGUUCUAAUUUUUUAAAAGUAAAAUAUUGUAAUAUUGUAAACCGUAAAAAAAAAGCAUACAGAAUUAUCUUGAUGGACAGAAACACGGUUGUAGGUGAAAUAAUAACGUGUUUUUUACGCGUGUGUCCUGAUUUCGCUGAGUAACCGAUGUCGCUGCACUCGAAAAGGGCGGAGACUGACACAAACUAGCAAAAUUAGCUAGCUAGCUCACUAAUUAAACACAGCAUUGCUAGCUAGCUAACCUAACAUUAAUGCUAGCGCUUCAGCCGUAAGUCAAGUUGUCUGACAUUAAGUAGCUAGCUAAGCUUCCUAGGAAGCUAGCUAGCAUAAGGUAUUGCUUUUGCCUGAUCAGUUUGAGACACAGCCUUCAGAGAUAGCUAACUAACAUGCUACUGCUAGCUUGCUAGCUAACGUAACAUUAAUGCUAGCUCUUCUGCAGUGAGCUUAGCUAUCUGAUGUUAAGUAGCUACAACAUUCUGUGUGAUCUAUGCCUGGCUUUAAUUUUGUAAUGUAAUACUUUAGUUAGCUUGCUUUCAAAACAUAGUGUUCUGUUAAUGUUUGCUAGCUAGCAUAACAUUAAUGCCUAGCUAUCUGAUGUUAAUUAUCUACCCAGGCUGGCUAAGAAGCUAGCUAGCAUGAGGUAAACUACUGCGGUCUGCUAUUUGCUAAUCAUAUUGAGACACAGCUUCAGAGUUAGCUAGUUAAUUUUUGCUACUGUUAGCUAGCACGUCAGCAGUAAGCAAGCUAUAUUGUGUCACUUUUCUAGCCAAGAUUGCUAGGAAGCUAGCUAAUAAUCAUGAGUUAAACCAUUAUGAUUUGCCAUUAGCUAUUCAGAUUGAGACACAGCCAUCAGUGUUAGAUAGCUAAAAGUAACAUUAAUGCUAGCUCUCCUGCAGUAAGCCUAGCUAGCUGAUGUCUGCUAGCUAACUGGUUAUUUUAGCUAAGAUUCAUGCUAGCUCUUUGACAGUAAGCCUAGCUAGCUGAUGUAAAUUAUCUAGACAAACUUGCUAGGAACCUAGCUAACAUGAAGUAAACAAUUCUUGUUUGCUAUUGGCUGAUCGGCUUGAACGGAAGCUCCGCCCCCUUCGACGUAACUCUGUAAAAUCAGGACACGACGCAUACUGAAGCUGAUUUAGAAUUAAUCUUCUUCUUCUUAUUAUUAUUAUUAUUAUAAUUAUUAUAUCUGUACAUUACUGAAGUCCCCAAUGUCGGGUGUCUGUCUCGUCUAAUGUUCUUGUAUAUAGAAUAAAAAAAUAAAGAAAGAAAUGUAAAUAUUCCAUAAAAUCAUCAUUAAAAAACACACCAUCUAGAGAUUGAUUCAGAGAUGUAAGUGAAUAAAAAGUUCUCUCAAAAGACAA